UUGCGGCUGCACGUAGCAACACACGCCACUGUAUUAUACAGUAUGCGUCGUCGAUAUGCUCGGAUAUAUCCGUGCCUUACGAAAUGCUGAGAUGCUCAGCAAUCUUAAAACACAUGUUUGUAAGUAAAAUUUCGAAAUAGCAAAAUGUCCGCAAAAACAACCGAAUUGACAACAGCGCAAACACAAAAUACAGCAGAAAUUAAAGCUUUAACUCCGGAAUGGCUGACCAAAGAGUUUUUGAAAGAACAUUUUCGAAAUUAUUACAAGAAUCCCGAGCUAGAAAUUAUCAAGUUUGAGGCAAAACAUGUGUCAGCAAACGGUGAAAGUUUUCUUAGCUCAAUGUAUCGCGUGAAAGUCAAAUUUACGAAUUCUCUAGAAGAUUCAAACGAUAAGCAGGAAUCAAUUGCCCAUUUAAUUAUCAAAGUAGCGUUUUCGGAUGAAGAUGCACUUGAUGUAGAGCUUCAACAAAAUAUGUACGACAAAGAAAUCGAAUUCUAUGGGACAAUUGCUCCGCAAAUAAAUAAAAAAUUGCAAGAACUCGGUGAACCCCAACUGGUUGCUGAGUGCUUUGGUGUGUGCAAAACAAGACGAAUCAUAAUUUUGGAAGAUUUAGCAGUGAAAUCAUAUGAAACACAGUCAAUCCAACGGGGUUACAAUAUUCAAGAGGCAAAAGUAAUUCUGAAGAGAUUGGCCACAUUCCACGCUAUUUGCGCUGCAUUACAAGAUGAACAAUCGGAUAUUUUUGCCAAUAUCAAAAGUGGUCAUUUUACGCGUGAUAUGGAUACCUUUAACAAUAUUUAUGUUGGCAAUUUAGAAGUGAUUAUUGAGGUUAUUUCCAAUUGGCCCAAUUUCACCGUUUAUGCAGAGAAAUUGCGACGACUUCAGAACGAUUUGAUUGAAAGAUUGCGACAACCAUAUGAUGUUAAACCAAAUCAGUUCAAUACAUUGAAUCACGACGAUCUUUGGUGUCCCAAUUUAAUGCUUCAGUUCGAGAAUGAAUCCAUUGAAAAUGUGGUUUUCAUCGAUUUUCAAUUCGCUUACUGGGGAUCAUCUGCAACGGAUCUACACUAUUUAUUAGCAUCUUCGAUAUGCAAAUCACUUCGACCCCAUUGUUUUGAUGAAUUGACCAAAUUCUAUUACGGACAUUUGAUUGGCAUUCUUACCAAGCUAAAAUAUCAACAACACAUUCCUACAUGGUCCGAAUUUCAAGAGCAAUAUCAUCAAAGGCAUUUCAUAGCUUUUGCAGUGUAGUGCAUGAUGUUACCGAUUUUAGCCUAUAAUACUGAAAAUUUAGGCAUGGAAGAGCUCGUAAAGAACGAUGACAUCGGUAUGGCAUCAAAACGUAGACUAUUUCAGAGUGAACCAGUUCAAGAAAAUCUACGGCAACUCAUUCCAUAUU